GAAAACCCGGAAGUCAGGCGGAUGUUUUGUUUUUGAAGCAGUCGGCAUCAAAAUGAGCUACAACGUUGGAAAUUAGUCCCUAAAACAUUGAGGGAUUCUGUAUCUUCACUGAACAACAUACUGAAGAUGUCAAAGAAGUCAAAGAAGAGAAAGUGCAAAAGGUUGUCUUCAUCUUCAAGUGAAGAAGACGAGAAGAAAUCCAAAAAACGAGAUGCUACCAGAGAUUACUCAAGGGCCGAGAAGAAGCACCGUGUGAAGACUCAGGAAAGCAGUGCAGAAAAAAGGGAAAGAAGUGCCUCUGCUGCCGUUAAAGAUGUCUCCCAAAGCACUCGUCUGAUUAAAAAGCCUGUCUUCAGGCUGAGAGAAACUCAUGCAACUGACAAGAAACCUGCUAAUAAGGAAGAGGAGCACAGAAAAACUAAACGUGUCACUGUGUCUCCCCAUAGGGAACAUCGCUCUAGUAAAGCAAAACAUGAGACUUCAGGGAAAGUUAAGACCGCCAGUGGGAGUAAGACUGUGGAUAGGGGAACCGCAAAACCCUUGAACACCAACAAGGCAGACACUGCUCCUCAGAGAGCAGAGAAGACAUCUGAAGGCAGCCCAGAUGAAACGUCUUCCCAGAGGAGCAAAGACAAAUUAAAAAAGGAGCUAACGAGUCCCAGUUCGGUGUCUGAUGAGCACAAAAAACAUGUCAAAUAUGCUCUGAAGAGGAAGCACACAGCUGAAGAACCACCACCGAGGACGGCGGAUGACGGAAACAGUAUCAAAGAGGGGGAACCGAACAAGUCCUCCCACACGUCCAGUGGUUGUGAAAAUCAGAAGAAAAUGGAGCUGUUUGAGGAGAUGUGUCAGAGGCAUAGUGAGAAGAAGUUAAAGGCCAAAACAAGCCUGUGUGCAGCAGCUAAACCUUCCUCUGCUUCUACCAAAGAGCCAUCGUCCACCUCAGCCGAUCACACUACCUCAGUUAGUAGCUCCAAAGUGGGGGGAAAUGCCGCGUCAAUCAAAGGGACUUUUACAACAGUGUCUUUUCAGAAAGUUGAGCCGUCAUCUAUUCAGCAACAAAAAUCCACUCUUGCACUACUCAAGUUUAAGAUUCCAAAAAAGGUUCAACCAAGGCCAGCACACAGCACUGUUGACAAUAAUGUAACUUCUCCUACCGACAAAAAUAUCAAAAAUGUGUCUGAGCCUCUGAACUCUGAGGCCUCUGUGAGCAAACCAGAGCAGGAAACUACUGUGCGAGAAACAGCUCCCAGCCGUGUGACCGUUACACCGAGUGUCUCAUCUGAAGGACAAGAUAAGAGGCCUUCAUCGUCAGGCCAACCUCCGGCUACGUUUGAUACCGUCACUGAGCCGUGGUGUAAUCAGGUGGCUGAGGAGCUUCACCUUGCUCGCUCUGAGAAGAGAUUGGAGGUGAAUGUGAUGCAGAGCUAUGGGGAGCUCACCUGUAUGGAAAUAGACCCUCCAGAAGAAGUUGCAGAAUCUCACUGUAAACAACCCCUGCAGCAGGACCUGUUCCUUGUUUUGGACACCAACAUUCUCAUCAGUCACUUGGACUAUGUGAAAAAGAUCAGAUCUCACGGCCUUGAAGCCCUCGGCUUUCCUGUAGUCCUGAUCCCCUGGGUGGUGCUUCAGGAGCUGGAUUCCCUAAAAAGGGGGAACGGUCUGUCAGGUUCUGUGGCUCAUCGGGCCACCCCCGCCAUCUCGUACAUUUGCAACUCUUUGAAGAGCCGUGAACCCGGACUCUGGGGACAGUCUAUGCAGCAGGCCGCUGCGAGCAGCAAUGAUCUGAAUGCCGAGAAUAAUGACGACAGAGUGCUGCAGUGCUGCCUGCAAUACCAGACUCUGUACCCAGAGUGUGCUCUCAUCUUAUGCACUAAUGAUAAGAACCUGUGCAGUAAAGCCAUCCUGAGUGGGGUUAAGGCCCUCAGCAAGACUGAUUUGGAGCAAGAGGUUGUAAGAACCAGACAUGGCUUUAAUCCUCUGCAAAACAUUAAGACCUCCUCGUUGCCUCGGAUCAGCCCUCAGGUCUCAUCAACGAUUCUGAACAGGAGCUUUACAGUCCAGCCUCCCGGGCGAGAGAGAGCAGAGCUUUCUGUAGAGCUCGUAGAAAAAGAUUACAAAGAAGAGCAGGAUAAAGAGCGGGCAGAAUGGGGCCCGACAUGUGUGUCCGCAUUGGAGGACUGCCUGCGUGCAGUGCUGUCUGAAGUCUUAGAGGUGGAGAUGAAGGCCGCUUUCGAUGACAUCUGGCUAGAGAUAGUUUAUGUGAAACCACCGUGGACUCUUCAAGAUGUCCUGCUGUGCUUGAAGAAGCACUGGAUCGCCGUCUUUGGACAAAUAGUCUCGAGGAGGUUGCUGCAAACUGUUCAAAAUCUCAUCAACUUCUUCAAAUCAGGUAUAACAGUCAACUGCACUGCUACAAAGGCAGCGCUUCAAGAAGCUAAGGAGCUCGUGAAAGCCUUUGGGAAAAGUUCAAACCGUGUUCCCGGUGCUAUCUCUGAACUCGACAACCUUUUCAAUAAGCUGCAACCACAGAUCAGCGAGAAGCAGAUUUAUAGUGGGGAAUCUCCUGCUGAAGAUGUUGUCAUGAAUGACGACGAUGAAGAAAAACAACCCACGCCUGCUCAGGUCUCUCACCAGGAAGUGUGGGCCCUGUUUGAGAGCAUCUGGGACAAAGUGUUUCAAACAAGCUUGGAAGUGUUCAAAGCUCUGGGCUUUGACCCUCAAACUAUGCAGCGAGCUCAGCAAGCGGGAGGUCCUCCACCGCCACAGGACGCACUGGUCUGUUUACACAAACUGUCCUCUGUGGUCUCGCAGCUGCUCCAAGGCUUCAGCAGCAUCUUGUCCUCAGAGGAAGCCCUCACUCUGCUCAGCAUCAUCCACUCCAUUGAGAUUGUCGAGGUGGACUGCAGUUUGACAGCCCAACACCUUCACGAUUGCUUCUCACAACAAGACUACAGGGACAAGCUGAGAACUGGAGGAAACCUGUUAAUGGAGCUGAAAGGGGCCCUGGAUCAGUGUGUUUGGACCUUCACCUCUCGGUCCUGAUUGGACCAGAAUCAGUGAGUCUGCACAUAAAACCACACAGGUGCCUUCUGAGACUGAUAUCCUAAACUUGAACUGUAAAUUCAAUGGACCUCAGACGAUUCUGUUUCACUAGUGCUGAAACAUUUUGUUUUUCAUUUUCCAGCCAUAGAAAUGUUUUUGCCGACGAGGUGAUACAACCGCUCCUAUAGGGUUGAAUGCUUUUGUUAGCUAGAGCGCUAUCUUCUGUAUCUGGCUGUAGAAUUCAACUGUAUCAGGUUCUCCAAUAGAAACGUCACAGGGCUUCAUGUCAUUCAGUUCAGUUAGUCUAGAAGCAUAUCUGUACAUAUAAAACAGUAUUUUUAUAUUUCAAGUGUUCAUAAUGCUGUAUUUUAAUUUAUUGUGUUCAUUUUGUUCAUGAAACAUUUUGUUCAUGCAAAACUGUAACAUGAGCUAAAAGUGAGUCUCCUGAAUGUGCAGUAGGCAACGAUUUCUGACAAUCAGCUUUUAAACUAUUUGAGUUUCUAUAUUUUGUGUUCACUACUUUUCAACCCGGACUAAUAAACACUUGUUUCUUUAAAGUAAUGGUUCUUAUACUUCAGCAAAACCUUUAGGCUUAAGUUAGUAGGUUGGCCUUUUUGGUAAAUACAGAUUUUGGUACUGAUGGUUUUUUUGCUGAGAAAUAGAUGAUCUUUGAUGACAGUCUGUUAAAUAUAAAGCUAGAGCUAAGGGACGGUUAGCUUCGUUUUCUUGUUUAGUUAAGCAUAAACACUGGAGGCAGGUUGAAACCACUAAACUCUGUUUAAAGGAAACAGAAGACCACCUAGCAGCUCAAUUAUUGACAUGAACUGCCGCCAUAUUUUUCUAGCUUUGGUAAAUAAAUAUGUGCUGACUGUUUCCUGGCUGUGAUCAUCUUGUUGUCUCUGUGAGGCUGUUAGACAACCAGUGACUUUGUUUUAUAGCUUACACUAUUCAAAUCUUAGGGGUAAUAAACGUUUUAUUUUUCAUAGAAGUUUGAAGUUUUGAUUUUAUUAUUGUGUCAUAAAUACAUUUGUAUUUUAAUGAUCCCA